GUACCACCUCUUUCCCUUUUGCUUUCCUUCCUGCAUAAAAACAAAAAGCUUUUCUCUGUUUUCUGUUUUCCCCCUCGAUUUCUCUUUCUUUUUUGUUUCUCCUUUUGUUUUGUGUUUGAUUUUUCUCUUUGAGUUGCUUUCCCUUGGCAAUCUUUUGGGCUUUGAUGAAGCUGGAAGCUUGUGUAUAUGGGGCAUCCAUGUGAGGAUGGUUUAGACAAGAAGGAAGGACAGGUCGCAGAGGAAGCUGGGGCCAAUGAAAUCGAUGUCCAUGGUGACGCUGGGAGGGAAGAAGAUGAUGUGGUGGUGGAGGUCUAUGCAGAGUUCAAGCCGAUAGACCACCCACUCGAGCCUCCAGAGGAGGACCCACCUGCCAAAUGGCCGAUGCCCGAUUCUUCCCUUCUGAAUGUUGGAGGCAUAUUGAAGGAGCCGUCUGCAGAAAGUUUAUGGAAGAAAACAGAAUCAUUAGCAGCAAAUGAAGAACGCACAGCGGAACAAUCUCCUGCACAGACUGAUCGCAAGAGGCAUCACUCCAUUGCUCGAGAUCCUGCUAACCCCGCAUCAUUCAGGAGUCCGCACUCCAAUAUUUUUCAGGUGUUUCAACAAUGUAAACAGUUUCGGGCUUGAUAAAGACCAUGCAGUAGACUUUUUGCCCACAAAUGACUGGUCCCAACUAGAAGUUUUGAAUAUAUUGUGUACUGCCAGAAUCUAUUUCAUCAAAGGUCUCAAUGUUGGUGUAUGAAUAAUACAAAUUAUUGACAGAGGCUUGUUUGGGAAAAAUCAGCCUACUUGUAAAGCAUUAAUCAUUAUAGCUUACCGUAUUGAUUACUGAAAUGUAUUACUUUGGUGGAUACAAGCCCCAGUUUAAACUUCAAAAGACAAGUUAUCGCCUUCCAAAA